GAAGCCAACAAUCUUCAAACCAACAUUGAUUUAUGGAAUGAUGAUAUGAAAAAAUCAGCGAAAUCGGAAGUUAACAACAGAGUGAACAUGCGUAAUCUAGAAAAUGUGGUAAUAAGGACGGGCAUAUCGGCUGGGAUUCAGCACUUUGAAACAUAUAAUUCUCAAUUGUUGAUUUCCCAACAAUAUGCCGGCAUGAGGUUUGAUUCGGCAAAACAAGAACGAAACGAGGUGGAUGAUAGCGAAAUAAUUGAAUGGGAAUUUGACAGUGUAAUUCCAACAUGGCUUGAAAAAGGAAUACUGUAUCAUAAAAAAUUAAUUUCAGAAGAAGAUGAGGAUAAAAGAAUCAAAGAUUCAUCAAGAAUUAUAGAUGGAUCAGAUUUAGAUGUAACCAGAGAAUAUCUCUCAGAAGAAGAAUUUUUAGAAUUACAGGAAGUUUUAGCUAAUGCACUCGAAUUAGGAACUACAAUUAAUGAUUGGACAACAUUGAAACCACAAGCAGAGAAGUGUUUACGAGAUUUAUCAAAGCUAAAUAAUGAUCAGAUUAAAACAAUUGGUGAAAAAGUUCUUCCCGAAGGAACACGCGGUGCAUUAGAAGAACUAAAAAAAUUUUCUAAAAACGAGUUCCCAAGAAUUUGA